AUGGACUGGAAACAAUUCAUCUACAUGAAAUGGUUCACACCACACAUCCUCCGCGGCCUCGUCUUCAUCGAAGGCCUUUUCAACUGGCACCCAGAUGGCCCGGAGCGACCUGCCCUCCACCCGGCCUUGUGCCCCUCGACCUCCGUCAACGGGACCUCUUCGAUAUACCACACAAACACGUCAACAUCUGAAGGGCCCUGGGCACCAUGGACGCAUAAGCCAAAGUGCUUCGCCGCAUCCGCCGACCCAGGCAUCAAGUUCUGCGUCUACACCAAGUCCGACUACGGCACCAACGGCAUCAGCAUCCUCACCAAAUCAAGACUCAUGGACGCCAGCCUAUGGUCCUGCAACGAAGACAAGGUUCCUCUCCUCUACGUGCCUCCCUCGCAACACCUCGACAAAGCGAAGCCGUACAAGGUGGUCGAUAUCGAGGGCAAGGGCAAAGGCACCGUCGCAACACGCCCCAUCCGGAGCGGAGAGGUCAUCAUGACGGACCACGUCAGCCUCCUGGUCGACAAAUCCGUCAACAACUGGCUCACAGAAGAGCAGGGCAUCGACCUCCUCAACACCGCCAUCGCACAGUUCCCCAACCCCGAGGUCCUCACAGAUCUCCACCGAAUCGAAACCGACGCCUCCGGCUACAACACCGUCAUGGACCUCAUGGAAUCCAACGCCUUCGGGAUCAACAUCAGAAUGCCCAACAGGGCCGUCCUCCCGGCCAUCUCGAGGAUCAACCACGACUGCCACGCCAACGCCUACCUCCGUCUGCUACGGAGCAAACUCGCGGGCACCAUUCUCGCGCAGCGCGAUAUCGCGGAGGGCGAGGAGAUCACCAUCAGCUACAUUUCGCCCGAGCUCACGCGCGAGCGUCGACGGAAAAUGCUGAAGAAGGAAUUCGGCUUCGAGUGUUCAUGCGCCAAGUGCGCCGCGCCCGCUGAGGAGAUCGCCGCGUCGGACGACAGGAGGAAACGGCUGCGCGAGCUGGAGUAUGAGGCGGACGACGCGUGGGAGGAGAACAGGACGGCGGAGGCUGUCGGGCUCAUGGAGCAGGGCUUUGGGUUUCUCCGGGAGGAGGACUUGAUGAUGGGUGCUGGUUGGCGGUAUGGGUACAUGGUCAAGUUGCACUCUGAGUUGGGGCAGAAGAAUGAGGCUGAGAAGUAUCAGAAGUUAGAGGAUGAGUGGCAAGAGACAUACUUAGGAGGGGACCCCGAUACGUAUAUACGGGUAUGA